AUCUUUAUAUCAGCAUGAGUUAGAUUCAUCACUUCACCCACUCGAGACAGACUUUUAACGCGUUUUAUUUGUACAAAAGGGAGUCGUUAACUGGAAGUGUCCUCCACCUCGUGUCCGCCGGGACUCAUGCAGGACGCAUGGAGGAUCCAGAGUAAGGGUGCUCGAAGGAUGCCGUCCUGUCCCGGAUCCAGGACAUCUGACAUCCUUCACUUCUGAGAGCGAUGGCUUCUGAGGUUGUGUGUGGUCUGAUCUUCAGAGUGCUGUUGCCGGUGUGUCUGGCGGCAGCAUGUCUGUUCAGGUACAAUGUACUGUCCUUCAUCUACCUCCUCUACCUCCUCCUCAUCCCUCUCUUCCCAGAACCCUCCAGCAUCACCAUGCAAGGCCACACGGGGCGCUUGCUGAUGUCUUUAUGCUUCUGCAGUAUGAGCUUCCUCUUCAUCCACAUCGUCUAUCAAAUCACAAUCCACAGUUUGCUGGCUAGAGAAAACAUCGGUUCUGACUUCAACUGUUCGGUGUGGGAGAAGUCAAUACGACAGAUUGGUUUCGAGAGUGUUAUUGGUGCAGAUGCAGGCAAUGGGAUCCGAGUUUUCCUCCCAGAUAUCGGGAUGUUCAUGGCGAGCCUGUCCGUGUGGCUGCUGUGCCGGAAACUGGUUCACACGCGUCCGAGUGUGGACAUGGCCCAGGACAACCACGACUUCGAGCCCGAGGAGAAGACGCAGGAGGAGAUUGACGAAAAGGUGGAAAAUGACGACGAUGAUGAUGAUGAAGAUGAUGAAAUGGUGUUUGAUGAGGACUUUGAUGCAGAGGAUGAGGCAGAGGAAGAGGAGCGUGACGGAGAAGGUGUGGAUGAGGAAGAGGAGGAGGAGGAGGAGGAAGAGGUGCAGGAGAGCACAAAGAUGAAGAUUCUGCGCAGAGUGGCAGGACUGGCAAAUAAACUCAAAGAGAUCAUCGGUAACCUCAUCACGACCGCUGGACAAGUGGUGGUCACCAUUCUCCUGGGAUUAACAGGUAUCAUGCUCCCCUCCCUGACGUCAGCCGUCUACUUCUUCGUGUUCUUGGGUCUGUGCACGUGGUGGUCGCUCUGCAAGACCUUCGACAAGCUCCUCUUCAGCUGUCUGUGUGUUCUCAUGGCCAUCUUCAGCGCUGGUCAUCUCAUCGUUCUUUAUUCCAACCAGUUCCAGUUCCUCCAGGAGGCCAUCAGGCCCAACGACAGCUACGUCAGUGUGUUUGGUAUCUCCUCCAUCGUUCGAACCGACUGCUCCUCUACCUGGAAGCUCGCUGUCAACCAUAAUCUGGAAUGGCACCAUUUUGUCAAUCCCAUCAUGCUCUUGGUCCUGUACUACACACUGGCCACCCUGAUCCGCCUGUGGCUGCAGGAUCCUAUGAUCAUGCAGGAGAGUGAGGAAGAGGAGGUGAAGGAGGGAGAUGAGACGGCUGGAAACACAGUUCUUCACAUGUUGGGCCGGAAGCGGCAGCUCUGGUGGAAAGCGCAUCAGAAAACUGAGGAAAGAAAUCUCAUUUGCACUCUGGACGGGUACAGCACCUCAGAGGUAGUCGUGGUGAACUCCAACGGGACGUCGUUUGACUAUGUGUCGGCCGCCCCCAUUGAGAACGGACCGGUCCGGCUGGACAUUUACUCCACUCCUCAAUACAAAGUGGACCAGCCUGUAGAACCUGAGGAGAAGACGGAUGAGAACACAAAUGAGAUCGUGGACUUACAGCUGGAGGAGGAAGAGGAGAAGACCGAUGAGGAAGAGGAAGAGGAAGAGGAGGGCGGACCGCCGAGCACUCUCGUAAAAGUGUUCAAGUUCAUCAUGAAGCAGAGCUACAUCUGUGCUCUUAUCGCUAUGAUGGCGUGGAGUAUAACGUACGUGAGCUGGCUGACGUUUGUGUUUCUGCUCUGGUCCUGUACUCUCUGGAUGGUGCGAGACAGGAGGAAGUACGCCAUGCUGACCUCGCCGUUCAUGGUGGCUUAUGGGAACCUUCUGUUAGUCCUUCAGUAUAUCUGGAGUUUUGAGCGCUUGGAGGCAGUGCCUGGGUUCUUUCUGAAGAUGACGGUGCCCUUCACUGGACUGAGCUCCAAGAUUCUGUGUCAGCUGAGCUUCUGGCUUCUGCUCAGACAAACGCUGAUGGAGCGACAGGCGAGGGUGGAAGAAGAAGCAGCGCUUUGUGACGUCAAAGUAGACGAGCAGAAAAAAGAGGAAGACAAAGAGGAAGAGGAAGUGGACGAGAACGACCUGAUGCAUGUGAUGGGGAAUCUAGUGAAGGCUCUGCUGGUGAAAUACUGGAUCUAUAUCUGCGGAGGAAUGUUCUUCUUCGUCAGCUUUGAAGGAGACAUGGUCAUGUACAAGAUCGUCUACAUGAUGAUGUUUCUCUUCUGCGUGGCUCUUUACCAGGUACACUAUGAAUGGUGGCGCAGGAUCCUGAAGUACUUCUGGAUGUCUGUGGUGGUUUAUACUAUGCUUGUGCUCAUCCUAAUCUACACCUGUCAGUUUGAGAACGCCAUCGCUACCUGGACCAGUAUGACAGGCAUGACAGAGAAAGUACUGAAGGCUAUCGGGCUGAAGAAGUACAGCCUCUCUGAUUUGUUCACCCGUAUCUUCAUCCCCACGUCCUUCUUGCUGGUGUGUAUCCUGCACCUGCAUUACUUCCACGACCACUUUCUGCAGCUCACUGAUCUCAAAGCAGUGGUCAGCAAACAGGAGAGCACCAUUUACAGCUAUACUAAAGUCAGUGGUCGUAUCUAUCUGAUCGUGGAUAGCAUCAAGCAAAAAAUAUCUUCUCCCGAGAGCAAACUCGUUCAUCCAGACGGGAGUCUGGCGGAUCUGACGAUGAUGAGCACGUCUCCAGAGCCGCUGCUGAAAGAGGAGAAGGAGAAGGAGAAGGAGAAGGAGAAGGAGAAGGAGAAGGAGAAAGAGUCCAUGAACGAGGUGCUGGUCGUGGACUGUGUGGAGGAGGAGAAGAAGAAAGAGUCUUUAUCCAUCCACUCGGCUCAUCUGUCCAGUCAGGAGGAUAUUCAGCAGUCCAGUGCCGCCACAGAUCCUGAACCGCCGUCAGAUCAGAGCUCAGACCUCAGGAAUAAGUGGCACUUGGUGGUGGACCGGCUCACAGUCCUGUUCCUCAAGUUCCUGGAGUAUUUCCACAAGCUGAAGCUCUUCAUCUGGUGGCUCCUCGAGAUGCACAUCACCAAGAUCGUCUCCACCUACAUCAUCCUGCUGUCUGUCAAAGAGGUCUCGCUGCUGAACUACGUGUUUUUGAUCUCGUGGGCGUUUGCACUGCCAUAUAAGCAGUUUCGAGUUCUUGCGUCAAGCGUGUGCACCGUAUGGACGUGUGUUAUCAUCAUCUGCAAGAUGUUUUACCAGCUAAAGACCAUCGAACCCCAAAACUACUCAAGCAAAUGUACUAUGCCCGACAACUACACAGAGACGCAGAAGAAAUACAUGAUUCAGUCCCUACUGUACCGGGAGCCUAUAGAUCCUGCCAACUGGGUCGGUCUGGAGAAGUUUGAACAGAUACUACCCUACCUGAGGAAUAACUUGUUGAUGUUGGCCAUCUUGGCGUUCGAGGUCACCAUUUACAGACAUCAGGAGUUUUUCCGCCUGAGAAACCAACUCUCUCCUCCUCCCUCUCGAACCAUCUUUCACGAUAUCACCCGACAACACCUCGACCACGGAAUCAUCAACUGUGCCAAAUACUUCAUAAACUAUUUCUUCUACAAAUUUGGUUUAGAGGUGUGUUUCCUGUUGGCGAUUAAUGUGAUGGGUCAGCGUAUGGAUUUCUACUCCAUGCUGCACGGUUUCGCUCUGGCGUUAGUGAUGUUCAGACGCCGGAGGAAAGCUAUCGCCGAGAUAUGGCCCAAAUACUGCUGCUUUCUGGCCUGCAUGAUCACCUUCCAGUAUUUCAUUUGCAUUGGAAUCCCAGCGGCUGCUUGUAAAGAUUAUCCCUGGAGGUUUCCUGAUAGCAAGAUAGAGUCUAACGUCAUUAAAUGGCUUUACCUCCCUGAUUUCCACACUCAACCCAACUCCUUAUUCCUCGUCUAUGACUUCAUGCUGUUGCUGUGUGCGUCGCUGCAGAGACAGGUGUUUGACGAAGAGAACAAAGCGGCCGUUCGUCUGAUGGCGGGAGAUAACGUGGAGAUCUGCAGAGAUCUGGACGCCGCAUCGUUCAGUGUUCACAAUCCAGUACCAGACUUCAUUCACUGCAGGUCGUACUUGGACAUGCUGAAGGUGAUCAUGUUUAGCUACCUCUUCUGGUUCGUCCUGACCAUCAUCUUCAUCACGGGCACGACUCGGAUCAGCAUCUUCUGCAUGGGUUACCUGGUGGCGUGCUUCUACUUCCUGCUGUUCGGGGGCGAUCUCUUACUCAAGCCAAUCAAGAAGAUCCUGCGUUACUGGGACUUCCUCAUCGCUUACAACGUGUUCGUCAUCACAAUGAAGAACGUCUUUGCUAUUUUGGCGUGUGGUUAUAUCAACACUUUGAUAAAGAACAACUGCUGGUUAAUUCAGCUGCUCAGUCUCGCUUGCACCAUCAAAGAAUACAAAGAUCUACAAGGCCCGCCUUCAGCCUCGACUAAAAAUCAAUGUGUGCUCCCGAAGGAUGAGGCCGGGAUCAUCUGGGACAGCAUCUGCUUUACGUUCCUCCUGCUGCAGAGACGUGUCUUCAUGAGCUACUACUUCCUCCAUGUGGUCGCAGACAUCCGCGCCGGACAGAUCCUCGCAUCUCGAGGAGCCGAGUUGUUCCAGGCCAGCAUCGUGAAGGCCGUGAGAGCUCGUCUGGAGGAGGAGAAGAGAUCCAUGGAGCAACUUAAGAGACAGAUGGAUCGUAUUAAGACGCGCCAGCAGAAGUUCAAGCGAGGGAAGGAGAAGAUGCUCAGCCUUGCUCAAGUGUCCGGAGACGAGCCGAAACUCAUCCCACCCGACGAAAACAACGAUGAAGAUGAUGAUGAUGAGAGAAAGAAAAACAAGGUGCAAAAAAAGCAGUGGUGGAGGCCUUGGGUUGAUCAUGCGUCCAUGGUUAGAAGUGGUGAUUAUUAUCUAUUUGAAACUGACAGUGAAGAGGAAGAGGAAGAUGACGAGAAAAAAGAUGAAGAACCACCCAAGAGAUCAGCCUUUCAGCGAGCGAUCAGAAAGUUUGCUUCGGCCCUCGUGGCUUUACCCAGAUCAGUCAUUAAACUGCCCAAAACUGUUCUGAAGUAUUUAAUCAGAGCGGCCAAGUUUGUGUAUCAUACCUGGAUCACUGACUCUAAAGCAGUCCUGAAGGAAAGAGUCAAAGAGAGGCGUUAUUUCUGGAAGCGCAGACACAGGAGAGACAAGAAAGAAGUUCAUGUGGCGAUAGAGGUCGGUGAAGAAGAACGCCAGAGUUCAGAGGAAGAGAAAUCGGACGGACCAGACAACAUCAUCAAGAGGGUCUUCAACAUCAUCAAGUUCACGUGGGUCUUGUUUCUGACCACCGUCGAGAGCAUCACCAAGUGGCUGAACUCCGUCUGCAGGGAAUACAUCGACAUCUCCACCGUCCUGCGCAUCGAGCGCUGCAUGCUGACCAGAGAAGUCAAAAAGGGAAACGUGCCGUCCCGUGAGAGCAUCCAUGUGUACUACCAGAAGCAGAUGAAACUCAAUGGAUCUCGUGAAUCUGGCCUGGACCGGAUCAGUGAGGAGGAUUCGGGCUCGAUCAGAGCCCGCCGCAGACGGGACGGACACAGUCUGGAUUCCCUCCAGUCUGGAUUCGCCUCCAGAGACAGCCUCUCCAGCGCAUACACCGAAGCCACCAUGCUGUUUUCCCGCCAGUCCACCUUGGACGACUUGGACGACAUGCCUCAGAGUAUUCCCAAAACCAGCGAACGCGCUCGUCCCAAACUGCGCAAAAUGUAUGGCUUGGACAUGUCCAACUCCUCGGCGGACAGCGGAAGCAGCGCCAUGUCCAGUGAAGCCACUCAGUGCGUAACAUUGUUCUCUCGACAAGGCACGAACGACACGAUAGACGAGGCUGAGGACGAGCGAGACCAGCUGGAGAACAAGAAGACAACAGCAGAGCCGGAGCGCCGAGCCAGUGAGGACAAACCUGAUGGAGACAGAGAUCAGGAGGAAGUGAUGCGGGAAGAGGAAGUCCAAUGGGAUUUGGUAGAUCCAGAGGAAGCGGUGAAAGAUGUUCAGGAUCCUCAGCUUGAGUGUGACGAGCACCGAGAGGAAGAGCAGUGUGUUACUGAUGAUGAGGAGGGUGAAGAGUCUAUCCAUCAGGAUGAAGGUGAAUCAUCAGGACCGGAGAACAUGCAAACGGAUCCGGUCAGCGGGCAGCUUUUCACUCCAGACACAGACGCGCCAAACACCUCAGACGCUGACGUGCCGCCCAGCUACAGCAAAGCCGUGAGCUUCGACCGCCUCUCUGUGAGCGACGAAAGCGACAGCGAUAAACGUCUGAUGGUGAUGACACCCGACAGCAGAUCCGAUCUGGACGACCCUCUGCUGCCCUCCACGACCACCGAUCUGACCGCCAGCGAACUGCUGCUCAACAAAAUGUUCUACGACGAGGAGCUGGAGAACUCGGAGGGUUUCUAUAAGUCCCAGCCGCUGGGCCUGCAGCUGUGCUACUCUCUCUAUAACCUGCUGGUGGCGCACUCUGAGAUGGUCUGUUACCUGGUCAUCAUCCUCAACCACAUGAUCUCGGCGUCCAUGGCGACACUGGUGCUGCCCAUCCUCAUCUUCCUGUGGGCGAUGCUCUCUGUUCCUCGGCCCAGCAAGCGUUUCUGGAUGACGGCCAUCGUUUACACAGAGGUCACCAUCGUCGUCAAGUACUUCUUCCAGUUCAGCUUUUUUCCAUUCAACCAGAAUGUGGAAGUCGACCAGAUGAAGCCGUACCAUCCGCCCAACAUAAUCGGUAUAGAGAAGAAAGAAGGAUACGUGCACUAUGACCUGGUGCAGCUGCUGAUUCUGUUUUUCCACAGAUCCAUACUAAAGUGUCAUGGUCUCUGGGAUGAAGAUGACCCUAAAAUGUCCCGAAAAGAUUCGUGUCUUCAUCAGGACGAGUCUGUGGAGGAGGAGAAGAUGGCGGUCGUGAUUCCAGCUGAGGAAGAGAAGAAGAGUUCACCAGCGUACUCGCUGAAGACCGUGAACCUCGGCAUGUCCAUGGACUCGUCCCAGGUGCUCGUGCAUAUGCGUUAUCCCGAGCAUCGGCCUUAUCUGCGGCGGCAGAGCACCAGCGGCGGACCGCACUCCUCCCGACGCUCCUCUGUGCGCUCCAAACGCGGCAGUACGAGCGCACAGAACAGCUUUCGUAGAGAAAACAGUGAGCCAGAAGUACCGCAGAAGAACCGGAAAGAAAUGAUUAUGGAGAAGAUCCGAGAGCAGCUCAUCAAAGCAAAGGUUUACCUGAUCAAAAAAUUGGUUACGAUCUAUCAGCCCAUCCGUCAGUUCUUCUAUAACCUGAUCCAUCCCGAGUACAACGCCGUGACGGAUGUUUACGUCUUCAUGUUUCUAGCAGACACCGUUGAUUUCAUCAUUAUUGUCUUUGGCUUCUGGGCAUUUGGGAAACACCAGGGAGGAGCUGAUAUCACGUCCUCGCUGUCAGAGGACCAAGUUCCCGGGCCGUUCCUCGUCAUGGUUCUCAUUCAGUUCGGCACGAUGGUGGUGGAUCGCGCUCUAUACCUCCGCAAGACUGUGAUGGGAAAAGUGGUUUUCCAGGUCCUCCUGGUGUUCGGCAUCCAUUUCUGGAUGUUUUUUAUCCUACCAGGAAUCACAGACAGGCGUUUCAGUCAGAACACUAUCGCUCAGUUGUGGUACUUUGUGAAAUGCAUUUACUUCGGCCUGUCAGCGUAUCAGAUCCGAUGUGGAUAUCCGACUCGCAUACUGGGAAACUUCCUCACCAAGAGCUACAACUACCUCAACCUCUUCCUCUUCCAGGGGUUUCGCCUGAUCCCGUUCUUGACGGAGUUGCGAGCCGUGAUGGACUGGGUGUGGACGGACACGACGCUCAGUUUGUCCAGCUGGAUCUGUGUGGAGGACAUCUACGCACACAUCUUCAUCCUCAAAUGCUGGAGGGAAUCGGAGAAGCGAAACCCUCAGCCUCGCGGGCAGAAGAAGAAGAAGGUUGUGAAGUAUGGGAUGGGGGGCAUGAUCGUGAUGCUUCUGAUCUGCAUCGUUUGGUUCCCGCUGCUCUUCAUGUCUCUGGUCAAAUCUGUGGCAGGAGUGGUCAACAGUCCACUGGACGUGUCCGUCACACUCACGCUCGGAGGACUUCAGCCGAUCUUCACAAUGAGCGCCCAGCAGAACAAUAUAAAAGAUGUGGAUCCCUCACAGUUUAAUGCGUUCAUGAAGAGCUACAAAACUAAUGCAAACGCCAUGCUGUUCCUGGAGUCUUAUACUUACGAGGAUUUGAAAAUAGCUCAUCUAGAAGGAAGUUCAAACGCGCUCUGGACCAUCAGCCCCCCGAGCAAGAAGAACCUCAUCGAAAUGCUCAAAGGACCGCAUUUCUCUCUCACCAUGACCUGGUCCAUACAGAGGAACCUCAGUUUAGGUGCCAAAGCUGAAACAGCAAUGGGAAAACACCAAAUAGAUCUGGAUGAUGAAACCAGAAAUCAACUAAGGAGUCUACUGAGUGAUGGCAACAAACCUGAGCACAAAGAAGUUCCAGUGCUCAUCAAAAAUAUUUUUCCAAGAUACAUCAGAGCACCAAGCGACUCCAACGCCAAGCCUAUUGAACAGCUUUACCCCGAAAGUGGACAAUACAUGAACAUCACGCUCUCUUUACACAAGACCAACCAAAGCAGCUCGGAGAGCGUUCAGGAGUGGUGGAUCGUGAAUCAGACAGAUCGAGGCCCCUUAAAAAUUCCAUUCAAGAAUGCAACCGAAUCUGGUCUGGAGAUCUACAUCCUCAGUGACCAAGUCAGUCCGCCCAGUCUGGGCUUUCUGGCUGGUUAUGGGAUCAUGGGUCUCUACAUGUCGGUGGUUCUGGUUAUCGGAAAGUUCGUGCGAGAGUUCUUCAGCGGGAUCUCGCACACCAUCAUGUUCGAAGAGCUUCCCAACGUGGACCGAAUCCUCAAGCUCUGCACCGACAUCUUCCUGGUCCGAGAGACGGGAGAACUGGACCUGGAGGAAGACCUGUACGCCAAGCUCAUCUUCCUCUACCGCUCUCCAGAAACCAUGAUCAAGUGGACCAGAGAGAAGAGCGAGUGAGGAUGAGCUUCCGAGUAACUAACCGU